CAGAAAUAGAGUUCUUUAUAGAUGUUUGCAUUUUAUUACUGUGAACAAAACAACCCUGUAUUAAAAAAAAAGGUGUUUUUCGAUUUUUGAUGACUCAACGUUUUUUUGUCAACAUUAGAUGCAAGCGUUUUAGAAUGACAAAAGAUACUGAAACAAAAGAAAAUGGGGUUGAAUCUUCUGAUAAUCCUAGUGGACUUUUGUGGGAUUCGUCGCAAGCUCAAGUUUCUCAGCAUUGGAAAAAAAUUUGGAAGUUUUUAAAUUCAAAAAAAACAAGACAAUCUCCGAUUAAUAUUGAUACAAAAAAUGUGCAACAUGACGAAAGCCUAAAACCUUUAAAUUUAGAUCGUCAAAAUAUUUUAGUUCAUGUAACGAACAUUGGAUGGAAUAUUUCAUUUAAAGCUGACAACGUUAAUGCAAUCUCUUUUACUGGAGGGGGGUUGGUUCACAACUAUGCGUUUCGUGAAAUGCAUUUUCACUGGGGAGAAGUUCACAAAGGUAAAUGCGAACUUGGUUGCGAGCAUACUAUUGACGGAAAAAGAUACGCAGCAGAAUUUCAUGCAGUUCAUUGGAAUACCGAUUUAUACCAGACAGAAAAUGAAGCUAUCGCGAAUCCUGAUGGUUUAGCUGUAAUCGGUAUACUUAUAGAUGCAAAUGAAAAGUACGAAGACAACAAAGAAUUUGAAGUGUUUCUUGAGAUGUUUGAUAAAGUUCCUUAUAUGAACAACAGUGCUUCGUUCAAUGUAGAUCCUUAUCUUCUGUUACCUAAAAAUCUAAACCAUUACUUUACGUAUCCUGGAUCACUAACAAUGCCUCCUCUUACUGAAAAUGUCUCCUGGACGGUUCUUCCAGAGAUUGUACGUAUUUCUCUUAAUCAACUUGAAAGAAUGAGCAAAAAUAAUCCUCGAGAAGAAUGGGAACAACAUAACUGUUAUAAGUUUCAACGUCAAUCUGAUUCCUCAACGAUUACAAAUAACUUUCGAUAUACACAACCAAUAAAUGAUCGAGUAGUAAGAUCUCCGUUGCCAUGAAUUUAAAUUUGAGUUUAUAUGGAUUUGGCUAAUAAAUAAUUGUGUUUCAGAUUUAUAUCUAAUACCUUUAUAUUAUUCAAUUAAUUUAAGUGUGUAUCAUUUAUUUUAUUCUUAUAUAUUAAUUUGCGAGAUAUUAGAAGCAAAAAUAUUCGUUUUUUUA